CUGACACAGACUUUCUCUGCCCGGCAGGCAGCACACAUCACUGACCUUGACAUUGGCCAGCACCAUGGCUGCCGGGGACUGUGGGGUAAUCACCUCCAAGACCGUGCUUCUGCUGCUCAGUUUCAUCUUUUUGGUUGCAGGGACUACCCUUGGAUUUGUGGGAGGACGUUUCAUCACGUCCUAUGAAGACUUCGAUGCUUUCUUCAGGGACCAGCAGAUCUUGUUGCCUGCCAUCAUUGUCAUGGUAGUUGCUGUUGUGAUGCUUUUCCUUGGGGUGACUGGUUGUUUUGUCACAGUCAAAGAAUCCCAAGUUGGCCUGCGAUUUUUCCUGUGCAUUCUUUUGCUGAUGUUUAUCACAGAAGCAACAGCUUUUGCUUUGGGAUUCGUUUAUCGAGAGAAGGUAGUGGCAGAAGUACAAGAGACUAUGAAUGAACUCUUUCAGGAGUAUGGUAAGCAAAACCCAGAGACAGAGAUAGUGGAUUUUUGGCAAUCUCAGUUUGAAUGCUGUGGUGUUAAGAACUACACUGAUUGGAUUAAUAUGGAAUGGUUUAACCGCACAGGAAAUAAUAGUGUCCCUUGGAGUUGCUGCAAACAAGAAUUCAAGAACUGUAGUGGACUCCUCAGUGAACCUCAAGAACUGAAUACAGUGGGUUGUGCUGGGAUAAUGGAAUUACGAGUAAAGGAACUUAUCAAUUACAUCAUGAUUGUCAUCCUAGGAUUUGCAGUUGUAAAGUUUUUUGGAAUGCUGAGCAUUUUAGUGAUUGCAUGCAGGAAAGAAGAGAAUGAUUACCAACCCUUAAGCUCUGGAGUGUUUGCUUGAAAAAGAGAUGAGCAAAUGAAACUUUACUGAAUCAUUCAAACACAGAUGGCUUUUACAGACUGACCCCAAAGAAUAUUAAAACCCUAUGGAUAAAAAAAAAAUUUAUUCAUAAGGACAGAAGAUGAUGAGUUCUGGAAUUUGUCAUUCCUUACUACUCUGUUCUCCCAUCGUACCCUGAUAUACAACCAGCAAUAUAAAUGAGAAAUAAGAUUUGAUUAAUUGAAUCUACAUCUACAUAGAAUUAAUAUGAUCUGUGCAAAUACCACAUUAAGGGAGAACAGUUUCGUGGGACCAGUACUAUAAAUGAAUGACAGAUGGAAUAUUGGGGAUUUGGGUGUUAAUAGUGGAAUUUUAUUGUUAUGUAUUGGUUAAGACAACCAAAAACUACUUAGCUUUUUAAAUUAUGAAAUAUAUCAAUUGCAUCCGUGGUUUAAGUUGGCAUAUUACACACCUAAUUGGGUUGUUUUGUCUGUUUAAAAGACUAAAUUAAGUGAUAUGAAAAUUGACUUAAAAUGACUACCUAACUUUGGCUUAUUUGAUUCAGCUGUAUUGUUUUGAUAAGAUUAUGGCUCACUGUUGCACCUCAAUAUGAAAGGCAUGCCCAGUUCAUAAUAAAGAAAACUAGUUCUCUUGCUUUGUAAAAUUUCCAUGCGUUUCUUAGAUAAAAGCAUGUCACAGAAUGACAGGUCACAAAGAAGCUGAAAGAGAUUCAAAGUCUUUCUAAUUUUAAGAGUGAAUUUGAUUGAGAAUUCCCUUGACAACUUCACCAACAUGUUUUCAGUUUAGAGACUAAGUUUUUAAAGGAAAUAAAAUCCCUAAAACUUUGUUUUCACAUUAUGUAAACAUUCUCUUCUAGGUCAGUUCUUUUACUUUAAAUGUGGCAUUCCUGUAAACAGCAAAGGAAAUGUGAACUCAGUUUAAGAUAUUCUGAGCUUGAUCUUACGAUGAAGAUGAUAAAUGGAUGAUUAGGUUGUUCUAGUAAAUUAUCCACUCUUUUUGGUAUGGGUAUGUUAGCUAACUUUUGAUAACAAAUUAUGGACUUUUCUUUCCCCUUUCUUCCUUUUUCUUUUCACCUUUUUUUUUUCUCCUUCCCCCAUUGCCCAGGUGUUCCAGCAAUCCCAAUAUAAUCAGCAUGGAAGCUUUAUUCCACUUCCCUUUUUCAUCCUGGGCUAGUUCAUACUUCCUUGGGCAAUUAAGGUUUGAUCCUCCACCCUGAAGGGCUCACCAAAAUUGGUACCAGAUUUAGUGUGGACACCUGUUUGGUCCUGAGAGGUCCACCUGCCUCAGCUUCCCCAGCAGUACCAUUCUAUUUGACCUAAUUUUAGACAUUUUCAUGCCCACAAUUGUCUUCUAUCACUUUUCAUCUCAUUUUAAUUUAGAAAUAUCAAUGAAGACUUAUUUAGAUUCACAUGCAUAGAUGAACUAAUUACAAUGCUAUCAGAUUAUAAUAAAAUAUUCCUCUAGGAUUUAUGGUUCCCUGAAAAAAAGAUGGGCUCUAAUAGCUUUUCUCUUAAGGAAAUAAAGACUUUUCUUGUAUGAGAUGAUUUUUCUCUUAAGAUUAGUAGCUUAUGCUUUUUUUUUUUCAAAAUUAUAAAGGAUAUGGAUACGUUUUAGAAUUUUAGCAGUUAUAAAAGGCCUCUUUGUGGCUUGCAGAGAUCAGGUUUUAAAUUAUUCAGUGCUGAUUUUGUAGUAGUAGAGUUGGAAUUAUUUUAUAUGAACCUGAAUCUUUAGAUUGACAGAAAAAAUAGCUUUUAAAAAGGUGAUUGUCUUAAAUAAGAUAUAUAUAUAUAGAGAGGAGGAUCCUCAAACAAUGCUGUAUUAAAGGAACAAGUUGCUUUCCAUAUAAUUUCUUGUGAUUUUCCUAAUUAUACAAUUACUCUUAUUCUGGUAUAUUACUUACUAGGCAGUUAAAUGUCUUUUAAUUUAAACUUUCAUGUACUGAGUACUGUCUUUACUAAUUUUUCCAAAAAUCACCUUGGAAUACAUCUUAACAAAACUAAUAAAAUAUGUAAUACCUAAA